AUGAGUGUGGCUCGUGAUCCGCCAGCAACGUUGCAAGUGGGCGUCAAGCACAAACCAGCCGACUGUGUCGUUAAGUCGCAGAGGGGCGACAAGCUGGCAAUGCAUUACACCGGAAAGCUAUGGGAGGGCGAAAAGUUCGACUCGAGCCUCGACCGUGGAGACCCAUUUGAGUUCACUCUCGGCACCGGGCAGGUCAUCAAGGGCUGGGACAAGGGCCUGCUGGACAUGUGUGAGGGAGAAAAGCGGAAGCUACAGAUCCCUCCUGGAGACGGCUACGGCGACCGUGGUGCCGGAGGCAAGAUCCCGGGCGGUGCGACUCUCGUCUUCGAUGUCGAGCUCCUCGAGAUCCAAGGCCCUCGUGCAGCAGCCGCAAAAGCAGCAGCCAACAGGCAGGAGCUCUGA